CAUAAGUAAGUAUGUUUUGAAAAAUAAAGUAAUACGUUAUUCUAUUAACGAAAUAUAAUUGUAAUGCUGUAGGUACUGUGGCUUUGUUCUUGAAAUAUUAUUACUCGCGCGUAAAAAUUAACCUAUAAGAGGAAUACAAACCGGACACCGUGAAAUCAGUGGAACGGAUAUUUGAUUUUCUUUGGGGAAGAAUUACGUGGAAGAACAAACUUCCUUUCAGCUGGAGAAUUUGAAUGUUUGUGUCUUGGACGACACUUGUCUUGCAGGCAUGUCCACUCUCUUCCCCUCUCUGCUUCCGCGAAUGACGGAGUCUCUGUGGUUUAAUUUGGACCGCCCCUGCGUUGAUGAAACCGAGCUGCACCAGCAAGAACAGCAGCAUCAGACCUGGUUACAGAACAUUGCUGAAAAAGACAAUACCCUGACGGCAAUUGGAAGACCCAUCUUUGAGCCGUUUGAUGAGGAGGAAGAGGAGGAUGAUGAAGAUGAGGAGGACAGUGAAGAAGAUUCAGAGGAAGAUGAAGACAUGCAGGACAUGGAUGACAUGAACAUUUACAAUGAGUUUCCUGAUGAUGGAGAGAUCAAUGAGGUUGAUAUGGAGGGAGCAGACCAAGACCAAGACCAGUGGAUGAUCUAGACCUGAACAAUCCAUCUGCUACCCCUGUCUCCCCAGAGACUAGUAUCUUAUGACUCUGGAGAGAGAGACGUGCAUCUGCUCCACCUGGAGGCUGUGCAUGUGUACUGGGCUGAAGAGUUUUUGGUUGUGUGUGUGUGUGUGUUUGAUUUUUUAAAUUUUUUUUUAUUUUUUUUUUUAAACAUCUCUAUAUGGCCGGCUCUUUCAGAGUUGUUUCCUAGCUAGAGGUCUUUGUAAAUCUGGUGAAGGUCAUCUGUCACAAGCUGGAGAUUUCAGUCAUGCCGUUUCAGGAGCUGGAUAUGACUAACCUUUUUAAGAGAGUCAGCAAAGAAUACUUUGAACCGUUAUCUCUCUCUCUCUCUCUCUCCUACACACACAUCACAAGAUCAGGUCUUAUGUUUAGUCUAAUUAUAUUGUAACUGUCAUAGCAUAUCUCAAGGAUGGCUUUCUAGGCCUGUUUUAAAACACACCCAUUCGCCUUUUUAAAGUAAGCUUUUGUCUCAACAAUUUGUCUCAGCAUCUGAAUUUUAAAUGCCUAGCAAUAGAGACAACUACUGAACAAAGGGUGUGUGUGCGUGCGAGAGAGAGAAAAACAAACAGCUGUUUGUGCAGGAGUAUCUGACUGCAGCAUAGCAGUUUAGGGCAUUUAGGAGAUCAGUUUUGAUAGCUUCAUAAACCCUAGUUGAUGCUUGCAUGCCAAGACUGGGAGAGAAAGAGAAACAUAUUUACAGUGUUGACCUAGAUUUUAGUGUGUUCUUUUGUGUCUGACUGGACUUAUAUAAAGCACUGUAAGUGUUAACAGGAGUUGUGCUGUACAAAUGACAGUAAGAGAACUUGCACUGCAUUCUAGAUUGGCCUGCUACCUCAUAGCUCAACAGGCCACACAUAUUUUACAGUUUAUAUUUAGUUAAAGUAAAAGAAGUAUGAAAAAGUCCAACCUGUUUCCUUGCUUACCCUGUUAACACAGUAAAGGAAUACUUCAUCCAUUAAUCCUGCCCUAGGUAGUAUUUUGUGGUUUUCCUUGCAGACUUCCUUGUUUUAGAAUAGUUGCACUGUCAGUGAGAUUAAGUGAACUAAGAAAGCUCCGUCUAGCAUACUGACCUGUAGAAUUUUAAUUUAUAUAAACUUUGUACAGCAUUGUUUAUUUUUACUGGUCUGAAGAAUCAGUGUAUUUGUAAAUAAA